CCGUGUUGAAGAGCUCAGCUGUCAAACUGCCAGCUGUCACUUUCGUGUCAACCUUUCGGGAAGCCUUCCUUUUGGUUGCUCCUUCCAUUUUGAGCGAUCAGCCGCGUGUUGUUCUCCGAAUAAAACAGCAAAAAUGGCUCUGCGUCCAGCCUACAAACCGAAGAUCGUCAAGAAGCGGACGAAGAAGUUCAUCCGCCACCAGUCGGACCGAUAUGACAAACUUGCACCAAACUGGCGCAAGCCGAAAGGUAUCGACAACCGAGUGCGCCGCCGCUUCAAGGGCCAGUACCUGAUGCCGAACAUCGGUUACGGCUCGAACAAGCGCACCCGCCACAUGCUCCCGAACGGCUUCAAGAAGUUCCUGGUGCACAACGUGCGCGAGCUGGAGGUGCUGCUGAUGCAGAACCGCGUCUACUGUGCCGAGAUCGCCCACGGAGUGGCCUCCAAGAAGCGCAAGCUGAUUGUCGAGCGCGCGAAGCAGCUGGCCAUCGCCGUCACGAACCCGCACGGCCGUCUGCGCUCGCAGGAGAACGAGUAAACUGCUGCUGCUGCUGUGUGUUUCUGCCAGCUGGUUCGAUUACCGUCGUCACGGUUCUCCGUACACUGCUGGGUCUUGGUAUGCGCUGGGCGACUUCUUCUUUAUUAAGUGAAAUAUAAAACAAGGAAAAUCUACACAACAA